AAAAUAACUGAUAACUUGUUCACGCCAUCACUAAACAAGAGCAAUGGCAAUGGCUGGUUAGCUGUCAAAUUUUUAUUGAAAUAAUCUCCGGAGAACCUUUGUUUUAUCUCUUGUGUUAAUUGUGUUUUUAACCCCAAACCACCCCGACACAACGAAAAAAUGUCUUCCCCGUCGCCUGUUGACGAAAUUGACGAAGCGAAGGAGAGGGAACAUUUUCGCGCCGUCGUAAACGCUUUCAAAUAUUACAAACUAUGCAGCUUGGACCGGAUACACAAAUCGGAGAAGAUAAUAUCCACCCUACUACCAACCCACCAAAGGCGACUCGAGAAGUACACCACGUACCUGACUAAAUUCAAGAAAUGCUUAGACGUCAACAACACUAUAGUGCAUAUGAUAAUCAAAGAUGUGGACACAAUGUUCGAGAACGUGGACCACAGCAUGGACGGUGUGAACGGGACGGAGAGCUUCGGUUGUGACUAUAAUGCAUGUGAAAUGAUAUCGCAGAAGCAACACAAAAUGCAGCAUGACGUUGAAAAGGUACAAUCAGUUUUAAAGAACAUAGUCCGCGAUUGGAGCAGCGUGGGCGCACCGGAGAGGGAACAGUGCUACAAGCCCAUACUGGACGAAAUAGAGGCGCUCUACUCUAUGGAGGAAUACAGCGAGCGUCGCGGCGUGAAGGUGCUGGUGCCGGGCGCGGGGCUGGGAAGGCUCGCGUGGGAGGUGGCAGCGCGGGGGUUCACGUGCCAGGGGAAUGAGUUUUCUCUGUUCAUGCUAUUUGCGAGCAACUUCGUGCUCAAUCGGUGUCCGGAGGCAAACAAGUACACAGUCCACCCGUGGCUGCACCAGUACGUGAACAACCUCACGUGUGACCACCAGCUCCAGAGUGUCACCUUCCCGGACGUGAGGCCCGCCAGAGACAAGCCAGCCGACAGCUUCUCUAUGACCGCCGGGGACUUCCUCAAGGUGUACACAGAACCAGAGGAGUGGUCGUGCGUGGCGACGUGUUUCUUCAUCGACUGCGCACCCAACGUGAUCGAGUUCAUCGAGAGGAUAUACUCCAUCCUGCAGCCGGGGGGGUACUGGAUCAACCUGGGACCACUGCUCUACCAUUACAGCGACAUGCCGACGGAGAACAGCAUAGAGCCGCCAUAUGACAUUCUGCUCGAGAUCAUCAGGGACGUCGGCUUUGAUAUAAUGAAAGAGCGGACGGGAGUGAAGACGAAAUACGCACAAAAUCCAAACUCAAUGAUGCAACACGAAUACAGCUCCGUGUACUUCGUAUGCAGGAAACCUUAUUGCUGAAAGUAAUCUAUUUAUACAACACUAGUUAAUAAUACAACCAUAGUUUUAUAUAUUUGUGUCAGUAAGAAUGAUAAAGGGAGGCCGUCAGAGGGAUAUACAAAGGUAUGGGGGAACUGUUUUAGAAUUAAAAAUAAGAAUAGUUCUCAAGAACUCGUUAGAUGGCGCUUAACUAAAGGUUACUGGGUUGUUGCCAAGAUGCCAAGGACAGAAAAAAAAACUUAAAUUUAAUUUAAGAAAUAAAUAAAUGAGGCAAAGAUUUAUUUUCUUAUUCUCAUUCUCUCGGGACAUUCUGAUGAGAUUCCGUUUUCUUUUUCCGUUAUUUGUUAAUUAAUUUUACUUUCAAAACAUAAUCCUUGUGAAAAAUACGUUCCGUUUUAUGAUUACAAAAAGAAAAUGACAAAUAAUAUAACGUUCCGUUCCUUGCAGUAACCUAAGUUCAGAGCCAUCUAACCAGUAGCUAGGAUAUGAAAUUAAAACAAAGAAAAUCCCUCAUUUAAAACAUCGUCCAUUGAUCUCGUCAGGCUCAAAAAGGUUUACAAAAGAGACGAAAUAUCACAAGGGGUAAUCUUCU